AUGUCAGCCAGAAAGGGCUAUCUGCUCCCUUCGCCAAAUUAUCCCACAACAAUGUCAUGCUCGGAGAGCCCCGCCGCGAACUCUUUUUUGGUCGACUCGCUCAUCAGCUCCGGCAGAGGCGAGGCUGGCGGUGGUGGCAGCGGCGCUGGGGGCGGCGGCGGUGGCGGCUACUACGCCCACGGCGGGGUCUACCUGCCGUCCGCCGCCGACCUGCCGUAUGGGCUGCAGAGCUGCGGGAUCUUCCCGGCUCUGGGAGGCAAGCGCAAUGAGGCGGCGUCGCCGGGCAGCGGUGGUGGCAGCGGGGGCCUGGGUCCUGGGGCGCACGGCUACGCGCCGGCGCCUAUAGACCUGUGGCUGGAAGCGCCCCGGUCGUGCCGUAUGGAGCAGCCCGAAGGGCCGCCGCCGCCGCCGCAGCCCCAGCCGCCGCCCCCACCGCAACCACCCCAGCCCCCGCCGCAGGCCACCUCGUGCUCUUUCGCGCAGAACAUCAAAGAGGAGAGCUCCUACUGCCUCUACGACUCGGCUGACAAAUGCCCCAAAGGCUCGUCCGCCGCUGCCGAGCUGGCCCCCUUCCCGCGGGGCCCGCCGCCCGACGGCUGCACCCUGGGUACCGCCAGCGGAGUGCCAGUGCCCGGCUACUUCCGCCUCUCUCAGGCCUAUGGCACCGCCAAGGGCUACGGCGGCGGCGGUGGCGGCGGCGCGCCGCAGCUCGGCGCCGGCCCGUUCCCCGCUCAGCCCCCGGGGCGCGGCUUCGACCCGCCACCCGCGCUCGCCUCCGGUUCGGUGGAUGCAGCCCGGAAGGAGCGAGCCCUCGACUCGCCGCCGCCCCCCACGCUGGCUUGCGGUGGCGGCGGCGGCGGGGGCUCGCAGGGCGACGAGGAGGCGCACGCGUCGUCCUCGGCCGCGGAGGAGCUCUCCCCGGCCCCUUCCGAGAGCAGCAAAGCCUCGCCCGAGAAGGACUCCCUGGGCAAUUCCAAAGGCGAAAACGCAGCCAACUGGCUCACUGCAAAGAGCGGCCGGAAGAAGCGCUGCCCCUACACCAAGCACCAGACGCUGGAGCUGGAGAAGGAGUUUCUGUUCAACAUGUACCUUACUCGAGAGCGGCGCCUAGAGAUCAGCCGCAGCGUCCACCUCACGGACAGACAAGUUAAAAUCUGGUUUCAGAACCGCAGGAUGAAACUGAAGAAAAUGAACCGAGAAAACCGGAUCCGGGAGCUCACAGCCAACUUUAAUUUUUCCUGA